AACCAAUAAUAAAAUCUAUUUUCACAUCAGAUGAAUGUUUUUGUGUAAAUAGACCUCAAUGAAAAUGGAUGCUGUUUUAUUAAGUAGGCUUGACGUAUUGGCGACCUAAACUGUAAACUAAUCCUGUAUGGAGCCGAAAGAAAAACAACGUAUUUAUGCCCAGACGUUUGUGCCGCGCGUGGAACGUUUCGAUGAUAAUCCGAGUCUCAUUCAACUCGCCUCCAAGGCUAAGGACAGUAAAUCAAAUGACGAUGAUUCUUUAAAUAGAGUUCUAACAUCAUCUGUAAGAAAAUUUCCGGAAGCUCUACAGACAUUUGCUUUAAAAGCGGGAAAUUUAUCUGAAGUUGGUAAUAUUGUGAACGUACGACCUGAUUUGCGCCAAAAUGGUGGACUUGUUUCACCUAAAAAUCAGGAUGCUUUAAUGAAAAGUGACUCUAUAAACUUGGCAUACAAAGAUAAGAGAUUUACUGAUAACGUCUCACCAAAAGGUUUGCAUGACGUUAAACAAGGUUUGUACAUUUCAGCAAAGCAAAAAUCUCCAUUUAGCAAGGCUAUUUCACCACAUAAAGAACAGAGACAAAUCACUUCUAUUAGUGCUUGUACUUGGACGCCGGGAUCUUCUAAUCAGGAUAUAAGGGACCAUUUACACAAUCAGCCACAACCUAAAGAUAACACAACAAGUCCUCAACCACAAACAAGAAGUGAUACGCUAUCGUCGUUGUCAGAAGAUAAAUUAGAUUUAAAAGACGUAAAACAAUCGCCGUCAUCAUCAUCAUUCUUCCGUACUUUUCCUACACAGUCAGGACGUCCUCCAAUGAAACUUGAAAGAAAUAGAGGAAACCAGAAGCUGCCUGUUGGCAUCGCUGUGGCACGGCAGAGGCAACAUGCCACUCCUUCUGCAGCCACUGCCAAGACCAGAACAUCUGCUAAAAAUACAUCACCAGAUCUUGAUAGAAGAUUCAAUGAACAUGCUUUAAAUCAAGAAAGAGAAGUUUUAUUAAGGGAAAAUAAAGAGUUGUCAAAUUACACAUCGAGAUUGCAGACUAGCGGUUCAGCCACAUCACUUCCAAUGCUCAAUCUACCCGGUGCUAUGUUACCAGGAAGUUGGGAAAGAGAACAAGCACUGAUGGCAUCUUCUUUAUUACAAUGGCAAGCAGCUCAGCAACAAUCAUCAGCAUUAUUAAACAGUAGUUUACAGCAUCAAUCUAUGUGGUUUGGUGGUGCAUCACCCUACCAUCUACCUGGUACUCAGGCAGGAACUUCUCUUCCAGUGAGCCAGGCUUCUGCAUCUGGAUAUCCUUUGCUUGGGAGUGGGAUUCCAAGCGGAUUUGUUAUUAUGCCGCAAUUUUUACAAGAAGGCAAUGCUGCUGCUGCAGCAGCGGCUGCAAGUAUGUGGCCAUCACUUGCUCUUUAUGGCAACUCACAUCCUGCAAUGAGAAAUCUACCACAUACAUAUCAAGAUAUAAUAUCUCGACAGUUGCAGAAUCUUCAGCAUCAUGAAUUGCAAGCUUUACAUCAGCAAGCUAUGCAAGGAAUACCAAUCUCAUUACCAAAAAAUGAGUCACAAUUACAAGAUGAGCGUCGUCAAACUCCGUCAGCACAUUUUCCUCGGAAACGCAGGAGCUCAGAUAGUGGACGUUCGUCACCUUCCCCAUACAGAUAUUCUGCUUCUCCAAAACACGCACGAAGAGAAGUUUGGCAGCCUCACGAACCACCCCGUCGAUCUCCGAUGGUUUCACCACCUGCUCGUCCACCGUCUUAUACUCAUAAAUCAACGAUGCGUGAAGAGACGUCGAGACCAGGAAGUGCAAAAUAUCGAGAUCGUUCUAACACAGCAGGAUCAGACAAUAUUUUAUUAAUGCGGAGACAAAAUCGAAACGAAAAUUUUCCACCUUCCAUGAAAUGUUCCAACCAAGCAGAUACGCCACAUCCAACAGUUACACAAGUUCUGGAUUUAACUGCUUCCUCACCUGAAACUGUUCCAUCGGAAUCGCAGCCUCAAACAAAAACUGAAAAACCGGAUUAUAUUAGAGAACCAUCAGGCCCUAUAUUUCAUGUUCCACAUCCUGUUUCUGAAGAUGACCAAAAAGCCAUUCCUAGUGUUAUUAAAAUGAAAAGUCCACCGAACCCAGAUUCAUCGCACCAAACUGCCAUUGACACCCAUACUGUAAAAUUUAACAACAAAGUGCCAAUUCAUAUACAAACCACAACACAAUCAACAAUUGUGGACAAUAAUAAAGAAAUUGUCAAUCUCCAUAAACUGCAUGAUAGCAGAGGAGUCGAAUUACUCACGAGAGCAGUAGAUAUCCAUCUCAAACAUAUGAGUAACAAAACGACGAAUUUUCAUGUAACGAAAAAACAAAGACUACUGGACAGACCACCUUCACAGCAAUCAACUUUGUUUGAUAACAAAACAGUUCCUUUUAAAAAAAAUGUUUCUUUGAAUGUCAAGAAUAAUGAUUGUGUAAAUACCAAAGAUUCCCUCGACCAAAAUACAAAUGCAAAUAUUGAUAUCACGUCUAUUGAUCCCGAGAUAUUGGAAGCCGUACGUGGAAUAACACUUCUCAGUCAAUCAUAUAAUCAGAAACGAGACACAACUCCUACCGCCACUGAUGUUCCUGAUGGUAGUCCAUUUGAACCAGAGCAUUUAUCAGAACGACAACGACAUUCCCAACCUUCUACAAGUGACUGUAAUGAUGACGUUCAAUCCACUGUUUCAUUUAGUUCAAUGGCAGAUUCAGUCAUUUUUUCUGGAGAUUGCAUGUCAAGCAGUGAAAUGAAAGAGAAUGAAUCUGGUGAAAAGAUUAGACUCAGAAGAAGAUUGAAGAAACCGAUUUCUUCCAAAUUAAAAUUUACAAAGGAAGAUGAAGUGACAGCAGUAACUGGAAUAAAAUUGGACAGUAUGGAUGGAGGUGCAUUGGAGAUUGAUAUGAAAAUGAGGAUGGCUGAUCUACAGAGAAGAUAUAAGGAAAAACAAAAAGAACUCGCUAAAAUACAGAGAAGAAAUAAAAAAGAAAAACACGAUCCUAUUCAUACAAUGACAAGUUCCACCAUCACCAGCUUGGCCACUGCUAGCACCAACAUGAACACUGUUUUAUCGACUCAUCCUCCAUAUCCAGCACCUCUUAAAUUUCGAUUUGCUGAACUUCCAUCGUCAACACCAAUUCAAUUUACUCCGAAAAAACCUGCUGCUCCUAAAUUACCAAAACCCACUGUGAAUAUUACUGGGUUGUUUUCAUCCAACAAGAGAGAGAAAUCUUCAGAUAGUGACAAAGAUCAUUCAAAACCAAAAUCGAAAGUUAUCAUCAAGCAAUCAAAUAAUAAACAAGAUACGACAAGAUCGAUAUUUGAAAAAUUUGCUUCAGAUGUUUUAGCAGCAGAAAAAAUAACUGAAGAAACAACAAGCAGAAAAGUUUCAUCAGAAGAUCAUGAAAUAGAAUUAGUAUUGUCAGCAGAUCAACAUCAGAUACCAUCGGGAAGUAGAAAACGUAAACCUGAUAAACCAAAAAGGAUUUGUUUACCACCCGGGGAAACUUCAACUGUACCUCUUGUGGAUCCAGCUCAGAAAACGCAUACGUCAUUCUCCAAUAUUCACGAUGAUCGAAAAUCAUCCAGCUUUGAGACAACAACUAACACUGAAAAAAAGACAAAGAGAAAAAUGAAACAAGCAACAAAGAAAAUGAAACGAGAUACGGAAGGAGGGGAUUCAAACAUGAGUUCUUGGGUCUUCAAAUCUGCCAGCAAAACUGAAAAGCAUGAAAAGAAACAAAAACAUAAUCACAAAUUGCAUGACGUCGAUAAAGUUAAACAAAGCAAAUCUCAAAAAUCUCAAAAUCCUAACUUGAGUAACAAUAACAACAAAAGAAAAAAAUCGAGGAGUGUUUCGAAAGAACAAGUUGAAAUUAAACAGGAGGAAAAACCUCUCAUUGAACUACCAAGACCCUCAACUCCUCGUCUCGAACUAAAAGAAGAAGAUUUAGUGAAAGGUCUUCAGGUUCUUGUUCCUCUGGAGGAUAAGUUAUUAUACCUUUGUCAAGUAAAUCCAAUUCAGCCACCUGACAUUUAUGAGGUCACAGUUGAAGGAGAGAGACAUCGUCAUCGUCCCAUUGUGAUGUGUCUUGAACAAAUCCUAAAAGAAGCUGUUCCCGAUGUGAAACCAAAAUCAAGAAUGGAAAUAUGUGAAGGAUCAAGAGUUGCUGCCUAUUGGAGUCAUAAGAUGCAUUGCUUAUAUACUGGAACCAUUGCUUUUGAUGAUUCUGAUGAUGAAGAGGACGAGACAGGAGAAGAAAAUGUGCAAGUUGAAUUUGAUGAUGGAGAUUCAAGUAUGAUUCCAUUAGAAGAUAUCAGAUUGUUACCAAGGAAUUAUCCGGUCAUGCAACCUGACGCUCCUUUCAUGAUGCAUUAUACUCACAGAAGAAGAACUACUUCAGAUUUGUCAGGCAAAGAAAACAAAACAACCCAAGCAAGCAAGGUUAAGAAAACUGUUCAAUCAUCUGAAAAGAAAGUAAAGGUUGAAGAGAAAUCACGACGCAAAUCUGAGAAAUUACCAAAGCAUAAAAGUUCUCUAGAUCUUAGUGCUUAUGACUACCCAUCUAAUGACGACGUCGACCAAGCGUUACAAAUGCCAAGAAAACGAGCGGCAUCGUUAAAAGUCAAACUCAAAUCUACCGAUUCAUCGAAGAAAACAAGUAACAGGGAUAACAAUGCAGAUACUUCGUCAUCUUCUGUGUCAUCUGCUGAAGAUGAUGAUAGUGACACUGUGUUGUCAGAUAGUAGUGAUGACACAUAUGAUGGAGAUGAUGGACCUGUGUCUCGUAUUGAAGAUAAACGACUUCCUCCUAAGUAUCAUAGAAGUCGGCCAAGCAUGGGAAAUCAAUCCAAUGAACCUUGGGUGUGGUAUGACAAAGAUGUGCAAAAGAAGACAGUGAAAGGAAAGGCAAGAAAAAUUUAUCAUAAAUCUAUAAGCAGAGGAGAAGAAGUUAUAUCUUGUGGUGACUCUGCUGUAUUUCUCUCUGCUGGACGACCAUAUCUUCCAUACAUUGGUCGCAUAGAAUCUAUGUGGGAGUCAUGGGGAAAUAAUAUGGUCGUCAAGGUAAGGUGGUUCUAUCAUCCAGAGGAAACUAAAAGAGGAAGACUGAAAUCACAUGGAAAACAUCCUUUGUAUAAAUCUUCUCAUAUUGAUGAAAACGAUGUUCAAACGAUUUCACACAAAUGCGAGGUUGUGUCGUUUAAAGAAUACAACAGAAGAAUAAGAAAUGAUGAACAAAAUGUUUUUUACUGUACUGGCAUUUACGAUCCUGCGACAGGUCAAGUCCUCCAAGAACAUUCUGAUAAGCGCAAACACCAAAAAUCAUAGAACAAUUUUGUAGCUUUCAUGAUUAUGACUUUAUUCUGUACAGUUCAUGUGCUUGAACCGUGCUAAUUUUUGUUCUGUUUAGCCUUAUCUGGGAUGGAUACAACGGGUUUUCGAGUUUUGGAAUAUCAAAUUUGUACUGUUGAUUUUAUUGCUAUGAAAUUUUUUUGCAUAUCUCUUUCGAGAAGAAUGGUUAUCACUUGUCACCCACAAAUUUGUGAUCAAUAAUAGGGUAUUGUUUUUUUGUAGUUCGAUCUCACUUUCAUAAGGCGUUGUUGUUGCUAUUCGUUUUUGUGUUUGAACUCCCUUUUAGUUGCACUACUCACAUAUACCGCACAUUUUGUAAAUAGUUUUAUCAUGUACUGUCGUACUAAAGUAUAAAUAUUUGCUUUUACUGUAUAUUACUUACUGACAGUUUUAUCUAUGCUUCUUUAUUGAUUACUUAAUCUAGUACUAACACGCAUUCAUUGUAUUUUUGUCACUUUGCUUAUUUGUAUAUUCACCAGCACUCACCCAUUUUUCAUGUAUCGUAUAUUUUCGAAGCUUUUAUUGAAUUUUUAUUAUCAUGAAAAGUUCCACAUUAAUGAAAUUUUGAAUUUUUCUUAUGCUGUUGCAAUUCUUUUAUGCCAUUCAAUUGUAUAAAAUGCUAUUACAUAA